UGGGAUGUAUGGUUAUCUAAAUAUCAAAGACUGUGGAAAUCCAGAUACUUUAACAAGAAAGUUAUCCUUUAGAGAACUGAAGAUGAUUAAGAACUGGGAAUAUUUCAUUGCUGCAGAAGAAAUCACCUGGGAUUAUGCUCCAGAAAUUCCUAGAAGUGUUGAUAGAAGAUACAAAGCUCAGUAUCUGGAUAAUUUUUCAAAUUUUAUUGGCAAGAAAUACAAAAAGGCAGUUUUCAGGCAAUAUAAAGACAGCAGUUUCAGUAAACCGACCUAUGCCAUUUGGCCCAAAGAACGUGGAAUUCUGGGCCCUGUUAUCAGAGCUGAAGUCAGAGACACAAUAAGUGUAAGUAUUGAUGAACAAGUAAGUAGAUUACAAUCCCAUUUUAUUUCAUUUGCACACAGUAAUAGAAUUAGCUUUAAAUAUAUUUUGCUUAUCUAAUGCAUACAUAAUCUUUACUGAUAUCAAGACUAAGCUAUUCAACUAUCAAUGAAAAGUAAAGGAACUUGGAUAAGAAUAACUUUUCAUAUUUAUUUCUAUGAAAGUUAAGACUUAAUUUCUAUAAUUUUAACCAUGUGUUUCUUGUGGAUUUCUCCACUGACAGAAUACUUUAUCUGUAAAAGCCUUUAGUUUAUCUGCUCAAUAUCUAUGGUAUUUAUCCUGCAUAUGUUAUUCAUGUCUUAUUCUUGGUAACAGUAAAUUCAAGUGAAUGAGUUUCAGUACCUUCACUUCAAAUAAAGUACAUGUGAUCCUCGCUUAGUGACCAUUUAUUAGUAAUUGUUUGAAGUUAUGUUACUGCUGAAUGGGGCUUAUGACCAUCGCUGUAGCGGUUGCCAAUGCAGUAUCCCCAUGGUCACAUGAUUGCAAUUCAGGCACUUGGCAACCAGCUGAUGAUGCAGUAUCCCAAGAGCACAUGAUUUCCACUUGUGACCUCACUACUGGCUUCCAAUAUGCAAAGCCAAAGGGCAAACCAGCUGUGAGGCAAUCCACACCAUAUCACAUUUAACUAUUGUGUGGG